GAAAAUUGUUCCAUGAAUCUUGGUAUUUCUGAUUUUCAGAGUCAAUCAGCCGAUGAAGUUAAGGAUUGUCUUGCAACUGGAUCUGUAAACACAACUCCUGUUUCUAACAUGGACAACACUGUCUCACCCGUUGUUUUGGCUGACAUGGACACUCCUACUACAAUUGCUAAUAAAGAUGAUGUCAAGCGUAACUUAGUAGAAGUCUAUGAUGAGGAAGAGCAUUGCUUGAUGUCAGAAACAAAGGUGCAUAAAUCAAGUGAAAUGGAACAUGUCAACAGUGAUGAGAAGAAGAAGUUGCUGAUUCCAAAGCUCGAGAAAUAAUUUAUUAUGCAUUACUUUCGUGGUUUCGAACUGUUUUUUAUUAUUUUAUGUUAUAA